AUGUGUUAUGUCGGGAAGGCAACAAAGAUCUUCAUCUUCAUCGUCACCGCGCUCGUCGUCCUCGGCCUCGUCAUCGGCUUCGGCCCCUUGCGCCACUCCCUCCGCCACCACUCCCACGCCCACCAAUGCUUCGGCGACUCCGCCUCCUGCACUUUCUCCUCCCCCGUGGUCUCCCCCGCCGCCCCCACCACCCAGGUUUACCCUUCUGCCCCCGAUUCCGGGUCCUCGUCGACGACCCAGCCCGCCCCGUCUGGCUCGAACCCUCCUCCCAGCCCGACCGCCGCUGCUACUACCUCGUCGUACCCGCCGCCGCCGAGCCCGAUCCUGAGCCCGCCCGUCACGACGAACCCCACUGCUCCUCCGCCGGCGUCGCCAUCAUUGCCGCUCCCUCCUCCGCCGACGCCGCCAGCGGAAUUGCCGCCUCCGCCGACGCCGUCAACGGAAUUGCCGCCUCCGCCUCCGCCGCCCCCAGCUACUACCGUUGCGGCGCCGCCCUAUACGAGCCCGCCGAGCCCGGUGGUGGUGACUCCAGGCCCUGUGCAUGCUUUAGCUUAG